UUUAUAUUGUUAUUCAUUGAAGAAUAAGGUAUGACUUAACAACAAAUAUAAUGAUUAGAAUGAAAAGAAGAGGAAAUAAUUAAGUAAUUGAAUAAGAUUCUGAUCAAAAAUUGCAAAGUCGAAAGUAUUGGAAAGAAGAGGAAGAUAAUAAAUUGUAGGCAGCAGUGUUCAAACAUGGUUCAAACUGGAAGUUGAUUGCUGAGUUUGUUCCAGGUAGAAAUGCAUCUUAAUGUGCAUAAAGAUGGAAAAGAAUAAAGCCAAAAGAAGUAAGAAGAUUUAAAUAAAGGUUAGAAUGAAAGAAAUCAAAAAUGGACUGAGGAAGAAGAUAAAGAAGUAUUAAGACUUACAAAAAUAUAUUAAUUUAAUUGGAAAUAGAUAGCAAAUGAGAUACCAAAUAGAACAGGUAGAUAAAUAAGAGAGAGAUAUGUAAAUCAUUUGGAUUCAAAUAUAAUAAGAACACCUUGGACUAAGUAAGAAGAUAAAAAGAUUUGGGAAAUGUUUUAGAAAAUGGGUACUAGAUGGUCAGAUAUGUCAAAAAAAAUGCCAGGAAGACCUGUAAAAAUAAAUAAAAAAAUAUUUUUUAGGAAAACAUGAUCAAAAACAGAUUUUAUUCUUUUAUAAGAAAAUAAUAUGGGAAAAUAUAGAAUCCUUAUUAUAUUGUACCUAGUAAAGUAAGAGUAUUAGAGGAGGAUGGUAUAAAAUAGAGUUAAGGAAUGAAGAAAAUAAGAAAAUUUAAGAAAAUUUAAUAAUCAUUUAAGGUGGAAGAAGAAAUAGAAGAAAAAGAAAAAAGAAAUAAUGAGGAGAAUAACUAAUAAAAGUAAUAACCAGAAUAAUAAUGUUAAUAAAUUUCAUACACUUAGUUUUAAACUCAAUAAUCUCAAUAAUAGUAAUAAUAAAUUUAAUAUUCUUAAUCACAAUUUCCUUCUUUAUAACAUUCUCAAAUUCAAUAAUCUUAAUUUCCUCAAAUAAUAGAUCCAUUUUCAUUUUUUUAAGAUUCUAUAAGAUCAGAUUCAUAUAGAGUAAAUUAAUAUCCUGAAGCUUUAAAAUAAUAUUAAGAUUUUUAAAAUUGGUUGAAGGAAUCAUUGAAAUCUUCUUCUGAUCCAGAAUUAAAUAGAAUGUAUAAAUUUGAGACUCCAAUGAUGAGUUUUUUGUAUAUGAAUCCAAGUUUAAUUCAUUCGAUUCAGUAAUAAUAGUAGCCAAUUUUUAUGAAAGAAGAAGAGAAUGAAAAACUAUUUGGAGGUUUAGAAACAUCUUUACCUGUUUAAAUAAGACCUGAUAUAUUUGAAGAGAUGAAAAAAACAACUUCUGAAUAAUAACACUAACAAUAAUAACUUUAAAAUCAUUAAUAAAAAUGA